GUUAACGAGUAAGGAUCAUUCUUCGCUACAGCUCGCGCACUUAGCUUCGCAACUGUAAAACAUCCACAGAUUUACAAUAGAACUCGGUGUUCUCAUGGAGACCAAAGAGUGUGGGGAAAAUAAGAAAAAUGUGAGAAUCAUUGACCACAGUGACAGAGAAUGGAGCACUGCAGAUCAUCAGCUUUACUCUCGCAACGAAGAAGGAGAGGUUCCAGGUCACUACAUGUGGGUGAAUGGCAAAUCUGUUUUAUCAAAUGCAAUCAGCGAGAACCAAAAAACUUAUUUUAAGAUCCACACUGUCGUGGAGCUUGACGAAAACAACAAACCUCAUCAAGUUGUCAUUUUAGAGCAUAAAAGUGGAAGUGUUGUGGCCAUAAACCAGGAUGAUGACACUGUCAUUGCUAAGGAACUUCCUAAACCUCCAAGCCAAAGUGACACCCUUAAAGAAGUUAAAAGAGACAGUCCUGAGGUGUUGUUUUACAAAGUGGCUAAGGAACCUGGCAGUGAGCUGUAUUACUUCAAGUCCUACCUCAAAGAUAAGCAACGCAUCCUUGGCUUUGAUCCGGAAGGAAAUCCAAUGAACACCUCCCAAGUACAACCCAAGCAGCAGGAAAGUCUGUUUUCUGUAGUGUAAAAUCUCUUGCAACUGCAAAAUUAAAGUUCUAGUUUACAGUUGAAGUAAAAGAUAUUUUCCAAACAAUAAAUUCUGGUAAGAAAAAUUUUUCACUUAGGUUUAGCUAAGAUGUCAUAUGCAGUGUAAGUUUGACAACAAAGUUCAUGAAGUUUAGCAUGAUUAGACAUUUGUUUACUGUCUGUUUUAGGAUGAAAUAGCAAUCAAAAUGUAAUUUUAUACAUGUUGGAAAAAUAUUUUCAUAAAAUAGGAAUUAAAUCCACAGUUUUGCUAAAUUUUUUUUCAUAAUGAAUAUCACUUUAAUGCCCAAGUUAUUUCAAAACGCUUAAUUACAGAUGAAUUUUUAAGAAAAGUACUGCAUUUAAGCUGAUGGUGAAUUUAGAUUCAUAAUGAAUUUGAUACGUGUCAUAUCCUCUUAAAAGUUUCAUAAUAUUUCACUAGCAUUUCUAGGAGAUAUUUCAUUUUUCUACUGAUUUUCCCUAGUAAAAGGUAAUGGGACUAUUUUAAAAAUAGAAAAAAAUCUCUUUUCAGUUUCUUUAAGACCUGCAUGAAGCAAAAUGGUUGUGAACAUGUUGCUAACAAUCUUAAAUAAAUAUUUCUUUGAAAAUUAA